GCUUUUCUCUGUGGAGGAAGUUAAUGGUUUAAGUGAGGGGCGUCUGGAUCUGGUCCCCGAGUCACCAUGACACUCCUGGGGUCUGAGCACUCCUUGCUGAUUCGGAGCAAGUUCAGAUCAGUUUUACAGCUACGGCUUCAGCAGAGAAGGACCCGUGAGCAGCUGGCAGACCAAGGCAUCAUGCCACCACUGAAAAGCCCAUCUGCAUUCCAUGAACAGCGAAAAAGUCUGGAGCGAGCCAAGACUGAAGAUUAUCUCAAGCACAAGAUCAGAAGCAGGCCUGAGCGAUCAGACCUGGUCAAUAUGCACAUUUUACAAGACUCAGCUGCAGAAGGGUCCAUUCAGUCUACUCAAAUGAAGCUGAAAAGAGCCCGACUGGCAGAUGAUCUCAAUGAAAAGAUUGCUCUCAGGCCGGGUCCUUUGGAGCUGGUGGAGAAGAAUAUUAUUCCUGUCGACUCAGCUGUGAAAGAGGCCAUAAAAGGCACCCAGGUCAGCUUCCCCAAGUCGGCUGAUGCCUUCGCUUUCGAGGAGGACAGCAGCAACGACGGGCUGUCCCCGGAGCAGGCCAGGAGCGAGGACUCCCCGGGCUCCACCGAGCUGGCGGCGGGCACCAAGGCCCCGGAGCCAGCCCCCGCCGCCCCUGCCGGGGCACCCCAGGAUCACCCCCACAGUGCUGAUGGCCACGCACCGGACCCAGCCUCGGGGCAGGGCAGCCAGUGUGACAGCCCCAAGCAGACGGCGGGGCAGGAGAGCCCAACCCUCCCGGUGCCCUCCGCCGUGAAGUCCAAAUCAUCCAGUGAUAGCAAGAACCGUCACAAAAAGCCCAAGGACACCAAACCCAAGGUGAAGAAGCUGAAGUAUCACCAGUACAUCCCUCCAGACCAGAAGGCAGAGAAGUCCCCUCCACCCAUGGAUUCUGCAUAUGCCAGACUCCUCCAGCAGCAGCAGCUCUUCCUGCAGCUCCAGAUCCUCAGCCAGCAGCAGCAGCAGCAGCAACAGCAGCAGCAGCACUUCAGCUACCCAGGGAUGCACCAAGGCCAGCUAAAGCAAUCAAAUGAGCAAAUCGUCAAAAGUUCAAAUUCUUCAUCAACUUCUGUCAACAACACCCCUCUUUCUCCUGUGAAAACCACCUUUUCAGGCCAGACUUGUGUCUCAUCUAUCAAGCCAGGCCCUCUGCCGUCUAACCUGGAUGAUCUGAAAGUAUCAGAACUGAGACAGCAGCUCCGAAUACGAGGCUUGCCUGUGUCAGGUACCAAAACAGCGCUGAUGGAACGGCUGCGGCCCUUCCAGGAUUGCAGCAGCAACGCGGUGCCAAACUUCAGUGAGAUCACCACUGUCACCUUCCCCGUCACUCCGACAAGCACCCUCUCAAGUUACCAGUCGCAGUCCUCCACCGGCAUGUUAUCAAAUGGCUUCUACCACUUUGGCAGCACCAGCUCCACCCCACCUAUCUCUCCAGCGUCCUCUGACCUCUCUGUGAGUGGCUCUUUGCCAGAUACAUUCAACGAUGGGCCCAUGUCUUCUCCACAGUUCGGUCUCCAGCCAUCUCCAGUUCAUGGCAGUGCUGAAGAAAGUCUCAUGAGCAGCAUGAAUGGAGGGAGCAUCCAGCUGGAGCUGGAAGGGAUUGACACAGAGAAAGACAAGAUGCUGGUGGAGAAGCAGAAGGUCAUCAAUGAACUGACAUGGAAGCUACAGCAAGAACAGAGGCAGGUGGAAGAGCUACGAAUGCAGCUCCAGAAGCGAAAGAGAAGCAAUGGCCUUGAGGAUAAGCAGCAGACUGCUCAGCAUUUCUUUGGUGUCCCCAUCAAGCAAGAAAACACAGUGUCCAGCUGUCCAUUUGCAUCCAAACAAACUGCCUUGAAAGGCCAAGCCAGCAGCUCGGAUAAGUUAAGUAACUGUGGGGUGCCGCAGCUGCCUCACAUUGUAAAUAGUCACUGCUUGGAGCCUGCAGGGCAAAGCACCCUCACCUCCUCAACAUUCCUGAGCCCACAGUGCUCCCCCCAGCACUCUCCGCUCGGGGCUGCAAAGAGCCCCCAGCACAUCAGCCUGCCGCCAUCCCCCAACAGCCACUAUCUCCUCUCGGUGUCCCCCGGCUCACAGGCAGAAGGGCGCAGUGGGUCCCCGCAGACAAACAGUUGCCUUCGCACAGCAUCGCAGAUGACACGAAGUCAGCAGAUGGACGAGCUCCUGGACGUGCUGAUUGAGAGCGGAGAAAUGCCAGCCAAUGCCAAGGAAGAUCGGUCCUGCCUCCAGAAAGUACCUCAGAUAACAGUGUCUACAGGGAACUCCAGCGCUUCACUCCCGAAGUCAUCUGCCCCAUUUGAGCAGGUCUCCUCAGCCCAGCUUUCCUUUGAGCACUGUCCAGGCAGCAGCGAUGCUCACCUCGAGGUCCUGCUGAAUGCCCACAGCCCCCUGGGGAGAGUCAGUGAAAUCGCGCUGCUGAAGAUGGGGGGAGAAGAGUCCCACUUUGAAGGGAUGAUAGAGGGGUUCUCUGGCAAAGCUGCAGAUGAACUGCUCACCUCCCAGGAGAUUUUACAGACUCCUCUCUCGCCCAUGGAAACACAGCUCUCCCCUUCCCCUGCUGACAGCUCUGGUUUACAAAUGAGUUUCACUGAGUCUCCAUGGGAAACAAUGGAGUGGCUGGACCUAACCCCCCCCAGCUCUGCCACUGGCUUUGGCUCACUCACCCCUGCAGGUCCCAGCAUCUUCAACAUUGAUUUCCUAGAUGUUACUGAUCUCAAUCUAAACACCAGCAUGGACCUGCACCUGCAGCAGUGGUGAAAGGGAGGGUGGUGGAGGCAGGACAUGAUAAGCCUGCAGCAGCCAGCACAGUGUUUCUGUCAUGCCAAAGAACACACAGGGCUAAUGUG